AUGACAGAAAAACGUUCUGCACGACAACGUAAAGUUCAAAAUUAUUCUCUCUUAGCAGACGAAAGUGAUGAGGAAUUCUUUUAUGAUGAUGAACCAGUCAAACAUAAGAAGAAGUAUGAUGAUGAUGAUGAUGACAUAGAGUCAACAAAGUCAACCAUGACAAAACCAUCCGAGGCAAUUCCUGCAUCAAAAGAGAAUCAACUGCCUAAAACUGUUAAUGAAAUAAAGCCGACUAAUUUUAGUCCUGCAGUAGUAUCUCACUCUGAAACACCUAAAUCACCUGUAAUCAUUAGUCCAACACCGAGAUUCCUGUCGAAAUCUGUUCCUACUACUCCUGUUCAGUCAGCUGUAUCACUUUCUAAUUCAGCAGUUACGCCACCACCAUCGUCUUUAGGUAAGGCGUUUAUUCCUGUCACUCCAUCUAGUGGUCUACGUCUUGGUUUGUCACGUACAAAAAAAUUGCGACCUUUACACACAAAUGUACGCAUAACAUAA